GCCUUUAAAACUUGCCAUUUCUGCACGUCAGCAGAUGUAUUCCUGUGACAGAAGUCCUUGGACACCGCCCCUCCGUGCCAAGCGGAAGAGACUUUGGAAUGCAGAAUGCACACCAUUCCCAGAUGAGACACCCCUGCGUCUGAAAAAGACAAAUAUCAGAACAUCAGUGUCUGCUGCUUCAAUUUCCAAUGCGUGGCUUAGGUGUGGGGAUGGUUUUCAGAGCACUUCAGUGCUGGAGUCCCAGAGGCCUUCUAAUAAGAAAUCCAGAAGUAAGAAGUGUCUUGGACCACUGUUAACAUCUGCUGAAAGUGCAUCUCGAGCUGCUGCUGAAAGUGCUAAGGAAGCUCAGGACAUAAUAUGGACCUCUAGUGGCAGUGAUUUUUCAGAUGAUGAAAAUAAAGCAUUGAUUCCAAGGUUGCACAGCAAAAAAAGUGAUGCUUCCAAAACAGAGGAAUCGCCUAGCAGACAUGAUUUAUUGUUAGAGGACAGAAGUAGUGAAGAUGAAUUGAAGCUCAUUGACUGGGAGAAGGAUACUGAUUCCACUGAUCAGUGCGAUGGAUCAGAAAAAGAGGACAGCUUACUAGAGAUCUCAGACUCGGACUCCUGCACAAAUACUAACUCUCUGCCUGUCAAAGAGGAGAAUGAUGAGCUUUGUAAGGCAAUUUCAACAGAAAUAGCCGAGUAUUCAUCCGAUAAUGACAGCGCGGGAGAAGGCGAGACGAGCCUGGCGACCGCUGCUCCAGGAUCCAGCGAGGGAUUACAGCCGAGGUCAGCGGGGGACACGGGGGAUGUCACAGCACGACCUGCCAGCGAGUGGCUGAGGUCAGCGCAGGCCCUUCUCCGCACCCCCGGCAAGCAGGCGGGAAAAGCCCCCCGAGCCCCCGCCGAGUCUGCCAAGAAGAGGAAGCUGCUGAGGGGUGGGCUAGCUGAGAGGUUAUGUCGACUCCAGAACAGAGAAAGAUCUGCCAUUAGCUUUUGGAGGCAUCAAUGUAUUUCAGAUGACAAAAUUCCCUCAGAUAAAUCCGGUGUUUUAAUUGUGAAGAUCUUAGAAAUAUUUGAGGAGUGCACAAUACAAGUUGCCAUCUGCCAGCAGCUGGAACAGUCUCCUGCUACGCUUUCACCCGAGGAUGCUGUCAUCAGUGCAGAGGAGCCAAUACUCAAAGUCCUCUUCACAAAAGAGACAGCAGCUCACCUGAAGGGCAGACCCCAGGAUGUCAUCCACAUCUAUCCCCCGUGGCAAAAACUGCUUCUCCAAAAUGAAGAUGUUCCUGUUAUCAUGAACACCUACUUUAGUCAGAAGGUGCUACUCAGUGAACAUUCAGAAGCCGGAGAGAAGACAUAUGCCCUUACAAAGACGCUUAUCAGGAAGAAUAUCAUAUCUUUGGCACAGACCUUCAGACUUGAUGACUUUGAUGAUAAGUUACACCAGGAAUCUUCAGAUAAUCAGGUUCCCUGUGCUCCACAAACCCAUAACAACGGUGAUUCAAAACAGCAUCCCUCAGCACUGAGUGCUGUUAAUGAUUCUCUGCUUGAAAUGGUGGAAAGCCAGGGAGCAGUGGGAUGGAGAGAAGUGCAGGUACGAGUCGUUAUCCAAAGGGUGUACUGUUUGCCAGCAAAAGAAGGGUACAGAAGCCACACUCAAGGAAACAAGCCUCUUUGUGCAACACCCAUCACGAAUUCAGAUCCAUCAAACGUUAGGUUAUGCCUCCUUGUCCAGGAUGCCUAUGGCAUGUUUAGUGAAGUGCAGCUGCAGUCCCUGAGUUCCGCAGAUGACGUUGAGCAGUACUGCAGGAGAUGGGAAGGAAAAUCCUGCUGCCUAGCUGGAAUGAAAAUUUUGCAGAGAACUACAAGAGGAAGGGCAUUAGGACUGUUUAGUCUGAUAGACAGUCUGUGGCCUCCAGUAGUGCCGGUAAAAGUUCCUGGACAAAGCCAAGACUCUGAAAUGAUGACAACUGAUCUUCCUCCUCCCAGCUUCUGUUACAUUCUUACUGUUCAGUCUGGUGAAAUACAUGUGGAAGUGGAUGAGGAAGAACAGAUUUCUAAUUUGUACCAGCCACCAGCUGUUCAUGGUCUAAAGGAAAUUCUUCGGAUCGAUGGUUGUAACGAGCGGUGUAGCUUCUGGGCCCAAGUGCUUUAUCGAAGGCUGCAGUCAAAACACAGUGUUCCUACAGAUCAAAGAGAAACUUUGUUGUUUGUGACUGACUCCACACUGCAAAAUGUGGUUCAUGGGAUUCCAAAAGUUGUUGCUGUGUCAGUCACUGCGUCGUGUGUUCUCAGCGUGGAAAUCAUAGAGGCCCUCAGUGCUGGCUCUCGACUUGUCUUCUUCAAGGAUGCUCUGUGGGGAAAUGGUAGGAUUAUUUGCGUUGAACGUACUGUUCUCUCAUUACAAAAGCCUCUUUUGUGCUCGGCUGCCGGUGCUGACCUCAGUGAGCUGACUGGCCCUGUCAGACUCGAUGAGCUGGAUUCUACCACACAGGCCAACUCCGUUUGUGCUCUCAGAGGUACUGUUGUUGGAGUUAAUGAGAGCACUGCUUUCUCCUGGCCUACAUGCAACAGAUGUGGCAAUGGAAAGUUGGAACUGUGUCCCCAGGACAGAGAAUUGCUAUACUGCAACCAGUGCUCUGAAGUUGUCACAACACCAAUUUUGAAAAUGCAGCUGGAAGUCUUCUUGAGUUGUCCAUCCCUAUCUCAAAGUACAGUAAAAGUAAAGCUGUUGCAAAGGACAAUCUCUUCUCUCCUGACAUCCCCUGCCAGUGAGGAUGGGGCUGUGAUUUGAGUGGGCUGUGUCCUUUGGCAAUCCCACCUUCCAGCUGCUGAUGCCCUGCCAUCUCAUCUGACUCACACCCACCUUUUCAGAAGGGGGAUGCUAGAGAUGGGCUGUGCAGCUUCAGCUCAGCUGUGGAUCUGCAGAGCUACCUGCAAACAGCACUCAGAGCUGCCACAAGCAGUGCAGGACUUGACUCCGUUCUCUGGCUGAGGAUCCAAAGACAGCAAAGAUAACCUUCAAGCAUCCCACCUUGUGGGUCUGGUCUUCUAAAUCCUGUAAGCCACAACCACUUUGUGACAGCACAACACUGAAAGUACUGGCAGGUGGAAAUAGUAGAAGAAUUUGCAAAAUGCAUGCAAGAUAUUCCUUCAUAGUUGUACGAACGAAACACACAUGAGCCGUGGGGAUCCAUGGGCUAAAGUACAGUUUAUGUAAUCGUGAAGUAGUUGCUCCUUUAAUCUGAGAUAUCAAAAGAACCUUGACACUUGGCACAGUGACCCAGAUUUAUCAUGGGUGAGGGAGGCACCUGGGUAGGUGCUUGGCUGGCAUUGGCUGCUGGAUGGUCAGCAGCCUUCAGAGAGUCAUUAAGCCCAAUUAGGAUUCCAAGAUUUUCCCUCUCCCUUGCACAUGCAUGCGAGCAAAGGUCGGUUUGUUGUCUUGUUUAAUCAUCCCAGUUAAAUAUCUUCAGUUAGGUGAUAUGUACUGGGGUCAGUUUGCUUUCCCCAUCUUACAAGUCUUCCAGCAUUUUGCUGUCACAUGCUCCAUGCUUUUAGUGGGAUUCGUGGGUCAUAUUUAUAGUGGAAAGUUGCUCUGAAAUAAUAAAUUAUUUUUCUUGUGCUGAAGGAGGGUGUAUAUUUCAUUUAAGCAAAGAGAUACAAGAAAUUUCCGAAAUGCAUUUGCUCCUUUAAUAGCAGUCAAGUCGUGCUGAGUUUUAUAGGAUGUGUCUGGUUUGGUUACAGACUGGCAAAAUAUAGUUCUUUUUCGAGUUAUUAGAAAUCAAACAACCUCUUUUUCAUGUUUCAGUGUGUAUAGUGCCAGUAUUUAAAAGUCUAGCAACUCAGACUUUUUUUUUCCCCUGGCUGAAACACAGGGAUAAAGAUUAGUCACAAGAAAUACCACUUGAGGUGGCAUUUUUUUUACCAGUGCUGCUAAAGUUUCCGAGGGUGUAGCUCUGUAAUCAAUUCUUUUGGCAGGGAGGUUGGUUUUAGCAGUCACUGGCCCCGGCCACUUGUUCCUCACCUUGUGGCAGCCCUUCUGUUACACCAGCAGAGUUGUUUGUGCAGCUGCACAGUGAACUGGACUGCAGAACCGGUCUGGGGUAAAAAUAAUCUAGGGAAAAAAAAAGAAAAAAGAUUGUUUAUACCUUGAACCAGGCAACACCGUGGGUAUCACAUACCUGUACAGAAGCACAGCGCAGAUGAAGGCAGGGGCACAGUCAGAGGCUGGCUGUAGGCAAGGCCUAGUAAGGAAAGAAAUGGAUGUGAGCCUGCCACCUGAGAUACCCUCUCAGGUGCAAUAUCAGCUAUGAGUGUUACCAGUUCUCGUGUUAACGUGCUGUCUCCUCUCAGUGCAGCCAUGCCAGCCUUGCACCUCUCUCCUCCACGCAGCGCACAGCCUCUGCACGUUCGCUCAGGCACCACUCGUGGGUGAAAUCCCGGUCGGACCAUUAAACAGGAGGGACGGUGUUGGUGCUGGUGGCGGCAAUGCAUGAACAACAAAAAGUUAAAAGGGGGGAGAGGGAGGAGAUUAAGAAGGGUUACAAAAUGUUGUUUCCUUUAGUGGAUCAGUUAGCACAGGUAAUCAGUGUAUAGCAUGUAUGUACGCACUGCCAGCACACAUGAAGUCCUGCAAGUGUCAGAAAGGAAGAUAAAGGGAGUGUGUUUGGGUGCUUCAGCAAAUCUGAAUUUAAAGUCACAGUAUCUUUUUUCUUUUUUAAACAGCUCAUUUUUAAAGCCUGGUAGGGCAGCAACUGAGAUGGGAGUGUGAUCUAAUUAUUGAAAAUCUAGUAGAUUCAUUUUUUCCAUUAGUUCUAAUGCAUUUUUCGAGUCCUUUUAAAAAAAAAGUCUGUUGGAAGAGGAUCUUGCACGCUGCAUCUUCCCAGCUGAACGCUGCCUAGAACAGAAUGUCCAGCACUGUUUGUUUUACUC